GCUGCCUGCGCAAGGAUUGGGUGAAGACGGAGUGGCUGAAAAAAAAUACAUCGUCUUUCAGUCGUGCUUGAUGGAACUCUUGCACCAUUGCAAGAUUUGUGGAGCAUCGGGAAGCACGGUCGACAUUGUGGCAAGUGGAACGAUGAUUUCAACGACCACGAAAUGUUCAGGAAACCAUGUGACAAAGUGGUGUAGCCAGCCAAUGGCUAAAGGAAAGCCGCUUGGCAAUUUGCUGUUGAGCUGUGCUAUACUGUUUACUGGGAGCAGCCCAACUAAGGUCAUACGCCUGCUCUCUGUAAUGGGGGUGCAGUCGCUGCAGAAGACACAGUACUUUCAGUACCAGAGGUGCUAUCUACUUCCAGCAGUUGAACAGGCAUGGCACUCCCACCAGAGGACCUUAAUUGAAGAGGCCAAGCACCAGCCACGCUCACUAGCAGGUGAUGGCAGGUGUGACACGCCGGGCCAUUCAGCAGACUUCGGGACGUACACAUUGCUUGAUACUGACCUCAACAAAAUCUUGCACAUUGAGCUUGUCAAGUCAACAGAAGUUGCUUCCAGCAACCGAAUGGAAAGAGAAGGACUGCAGAGAGCACUUCACGAGCUGAUCCGUCUUGGCCUGCAGAUUGAGUCUCUCGUCACUGAUCGCCACUCCGAAAUUAAAGCCUUCAUGAAGCAGUAUUAUCCAGCAAUAUGCCACCUGUUUGACUUGUGGCACAUUGGAAAAGGCUUGAAGAAGAAGAUUGUUGCCUUGGGGAGGACAAGGCAGCAUGAAUCCGUGCUUGGGUGGCGAAAGACCAUCAUUCGCCAUCUUUAUUGGUGUGCUAUCAACAGUAAGGGCAAUGAGGCGUUGUUCUUGGCGAGGUGGCUGUCCAUUCUCCGACACAUUGUCAACGUACAUAGUCACCCUGACCCUCUGCACCCUUCAUGCUUUCACGGCGAGCUGCCAGAACGUGACUGGUUGGUCGAAGGGUCGGAGUCCUUCCUGCGCCUGAGGGGUAUUUUGGCAGCACCACAUCUUCUUCGUGACCUUCCACGGGCAUCACACAAGGCCCAGACAUUUGGUCUGGAAGGAUUCCACAGCCUGCUAAUCCACUUUGCCCUAAAGAGCAGCCGCUUCACCUAUGAAGGAAUUCUGGCAAGUUGCUUGUUCUUAAUGGCUUGCGUGCUGCUACUCAACUGUCAAUCCGGACAGCACAUUGUGCCACUGAAUUCAAGUAAACUGUCUGCAACAGAGUUGGACGAGUUGAACCACGACAUAGCGUUUGACUAG